UAGCUAACAAAUCAUAACUUUUGUUAAGAAAGGAACUGGCAAUUUGAUGUUAAUAUAAAAAAUAAUUAUUCAGGCAGUAGGAUUUAUAUACCUUAAACAUUAAAUAAGUAAAUAAGCACCUUCAUGCCAAAAAUGAAAGUCGCAUUUAUCAUCCUGCUGAUAGUCGGAAUAUUUUACUGUUCUGCUAAUGACUUGAGACUUGUGAAGGAAAGAGUACGAUAUUUAGAGAACAGAGUUAAUUCAGAAUCAAAAUUCAGACAUGAUGAUUACUCCGAAAUAAUCUACAGAUUGGAAGAGAUAGAUAAAGUAUUGAAUACAUCGCUUGAUAGCAGAGUAAGCCGCUUCAAUGAAGUGCCAAAAGAAACAAGCUCUAGAGCUAUUGAACAUCUAAAAGCAGACUUCACACGAAUUAGAAAAGCAUUUGGCGAGGAGAAGACCGAAACGGCAAGGAUUCGGAGGGAAAUUCCUAGCUUAGGAAAUGAUCUUAAAGCAGUUCAAGAGGAAGUAGACAACUAUUGUAAAAUAAGUUUAAACAAGACAGACAAGGUUAUUUCGAGAUUAGAAACAAACACAUUGAUGAUAUCAAAAGUCAGUGCAAAACAGAUUGCCGAUGACAUUGAAAACAAAACUGUCUUAAGCAAUAAAAGAGUUGAUGCUAUAGCAGCAAAUGUGGAAAUAAAUAAAAUAAAUAUAGAACGUGUAUACUCGCUGGUAACAGUAUUAUCAACUAACAUUAAAACUUUAUUAAGACAAAAUUCAAUGUCUUGUAUUGAACUACUCAGUAACGGGAUCACAAAAAGUGGUACAUAUCAACUACGGAACGGACUUGUGGUUUACUGUGACCAGAUUACAGAUGGUGGUGGUUGGACAGUAUUUCAGAGAAGACUCAAUGGACAAGUAGAUUUCUAUCGUAACUUGGCUCACUAUAAAAAUGGAUUUGGCGAUCUUAAUAGUGAGUUCUGGCUCGGUAAUGAACAUUUAAGUUCACUAACAGCAGGUGGAGAACAUGAACUUAGAAUAGAGUUGGAAGAUUUUGAUGGAAACAGUGUAUAUGCCAAGUAUAGCAAGUUCAAAAUUUAUCCAGAAGAAGACAACUACAAACUGAAGGUGAGUGGAUAUAGUGGAACUGCCGGGGAUGCCCUAGAUUAUCAUAAUGAUAUGAUGUUCACGACGUUUGACAGAGACAAUGAUAAACAUACAAUAACUUGUGCUGUUGAGUAUCAUGGUGCUUGGUGGUAUAAAAGAUGCUUCUAUUCAAAUCUCAACGGACAGUAUUCCGAAAAAAGUCAAAAAGGAAUUAGGUGGAACAAGUGGAAAGUCUCAAGUUUAAAGAAAGUAGAAAUGAAAUUCCGUUAGCACUUCUAGAAAAUCUACAAGCAAUGCUACUGCAUUCAUCUAUGUUUCUCCAGAUUGUUGUCAGAAUUAUUUCCUUGGAUUCUCUUGAUCAUCAUAAUAAUAGAAUGAUGUUUUCAACGUUUGACAAUUACAUUAUUGUUAUUAUCAUCAUUAUUAUUAUUAUUAUCAUUAUUGUUAAUCUAUGUUAAAAUCCAUUAUAUAAAUAUGAAAGCGACGUAUGUUUAUUUUCAUAUUGAAAAGGUUCUUUAUAAAUGUUUCUUACCAAUGAAAGAAUGUAUAUAUGCAAGCUCGAUAAAUAGAUCAGCGU